CGGGGCCUUUGUUUGACAUUUCAGACGAUGAGCUGACUUUUGAGUACUGAAGCUUCUGGAAAGGGGCGUUUGGCAGGUGAUUCUGGCGUCAAAGAUGAAGUCUUCCAGCUGUCAUUAUGCCAUGAACAUACUGCGACAAACGAUCAUCAUAGCCAAGGAUGAAGUGGCACAUACAGUUACAGAAAGCAGAGUUUUACAAAACACAAGACACCCCUUCCUAACGACACUGAAGUAUGCCUUCCAAACUCAUGAUCGACUCUGUUUUGUAAUGGAAUACGCCAAUGGAGGAGAGCUCUUCUUCCACCUGUCCCGGGAAAGAGUGUUCACAGAAGACCGGGCGCGCUUCUACGGUGCUGAAAUUGUGUCGGCACUCGAGUACCUCCAUUCACGUGAUGUUGUUUACCGUGAUCUAAAGCUGGAGAAUCUGAUGCUGGAUAAAGACGGCCACGUAAAAAUCACUGAUUUUGGCCUUUGUAAGGAGGGCAUUACCCCUGAUGCUACCAUGAAAACCUUUUGUGGUACUCCUGAAUAUCUGGCUCCUGAGGUCCUAGAAGACAAUGAUUAUGGCCGGGCGGUGGACUGGUGGGGGCUGGGUGUAGUCAUGUAUGAGAUGAUGUGUGGCCGCCUGCCUUUCUACAACCAGGACCAUGAGCGUCUGUUUGAGCUCAUCCUCAUGGAGGAGAUCCGUUUCCCCAGGAAUCUGUCUCCAGAGUCCAAGGCACUCCUGGCCGGCCUGCUGAAGAAGGACCCCAAACAGAGGUUGGGUGGCGGUCCCAAUGAUGCUAAAGAAGUAAUGAGUCACAAGUUUUUCAUUACCAUCAACUGGCAGGAUGUGGUACAGAAAAAGCUCACACCACUAUUCAGACCGCAGGUGACUUCGGAGACGGACACGCGGUACUUUGAUGAUGAGUUCACAGCGCAGACCAUCACGCUCACCCCCCCGGACAAGUAUCACAGCUUGGACUGCGAGGAACCUGGCCAACAAGCACAUUUCCCCCAGUUCUCCUACUCUGCUAGCAUCAGAGAGUGAUAGCAUCUCACACACACACACACUCGUCAGGAUCUAAGUGCCUCGGCUGGCAGCCAUAUUGUUCUAUAGUAAAUCUCUUCGUCCACACUAUGGGCAGAGCCUGGCCACACUGGCUGUACUGCAACAAACUGGACUUCAGUACCUGACAGUCAUCAGCACAAUGUCCUAUCAACAACUACUGCUGCUUUACAAACUGUAAAUCAUUUUUAACACUCUCCUUUUAUAGUCUUUAUGGAAGCCAUACAGUUUUCUUCUCUGUUUCAAGUGCUUUUCUUUAGAACUAGCUUUGACGGCUGGUUAAAGACAAGGUUGGAAGCAGUGGGAGUUUUUCCUUCUUUUUUUUUGUAGGCAAGUGUGUGCUUUUAUCUUUUUUUCUUCAUUUUUCCUUUUCAUGUUUCAGAAAAUAGGGGACAUCAAAAUCAAAUUGAAUCACAUCAGUUUAGUGAAAUUGAUUGUGUUAGCGUAGGAGGCUUGAAUGUGACUUCAUACACUGAUUGCCCGAUCUGCAUCAGAACAACGCAUUGAUAAUUACAUUUAUAUGAUCAAAGUGUCUCUUGGUGGAUAAAAGCUCUGGGUGUUAGAGACAGGCUUUCCUUUGUGGCUGUAUGAAAUGAAAAAAACACAUCACCUGCAUAAAUUGGCUCUUAAAAUAUGGUGUUUGUUAAUAGAUCAUAUGUGACAUCAAUUGGUGGGAAUUGAGAAUACCUUAAUGCAAAAAGGUGUAUGUUAUAUUUUUAAUCAAGUUCUAUUUUAUGGAUUACACUUUUUAUGAUAAGCAAAACACAAACCAUGCAGGUGAUUUAAGGGACAUAAUGAGCAUUUGGUGAUUUAAGCAGACCUAACCUUUUUUUAUUUAUUUUUUCAAUGAACUAUGUUCAUACUGUGGCUGAGAGCUUCCUGGAUCCGGGUAGUGCUUGGAAAUAUGUGCAUUGCAUCAAGUAACAAAUCUGUAUCUUCAUUCAAAAUGAAUAGCCCUAUUGACUUCUUCUGUGAUUAUAAAUCUAUAACAGUAUAAUAGAUUUAUACUAUUUUGUUUUGACAAAGUUCUUGCAAGGCUGCAUUCAGACAACAUUAAACAUUGGAAGACUUCAGCUUUUAUUUUUGUUUAAUAAGGGACAAAGUAAAGUAUUAAAAAUGCAUUGUAUCUGUUCUAUAGACGUUAAAAUCAUUUUUGUAAAAAAACACCAAACAAAUUCAUAGCUCUCAGAGCACAUGUUCAAAUGUUCUUAACAUUAAAAUUCACAUCUGUAAUAUUUCAAA